GUGUCCCUGCCCAUGGCAAGGUGGAUGAUCUUUAAGGUCCCUUCCAACCCAAACCAGUCUGUGAUUCCACGAUGAGUGUCUGACUUGAAUGCGCAUCAGUUGUUGGGUGCAGAGAAACUGUUAACAUUUACUUCAUUUUUUUUUAUUCUCUGUGUCUUUUCUCUCAUUCAGUAUUUUUUGAAUUUGUUUCUAUUUAUUACAUUAUCUCACCUUACGAGUUUCUUUCUCACUUUUUUUUUCUUACUGAAUUGCCAGCUAGGGUUAAAGCACAAGACCCUUUCCCCAGCUCCACUGCCCUUCUCUGGACACACUCAGCAACCUCAAUGUCUUCACUGUUGUGCAGGGCCCAAAACUGAAUACAGGAUUCCAUACACCAACCUCACCAGUGCCCAGCACAAGAUACAUGAUCACUGCCCUUGUAUCAUGGAGUCUCAUGAAAUUGAGACAAAUAGAUCUCAAAAGAGAUCUAUUUUAUGAAGCAGUUAACCUCCUCCUGCUCCCAGCAAUUACAGAUCCAACAACUGAAAACAGAUCCAUGAUGUCAAAUGAAGGUGUUAUGACCUGACUGACUUAAAGAGUCCUGAAGGUUUCAGCAGAGCAACAUAGAAUGCAUGGUCAUUGUGUCCAAGGCAGCAAGGGCUCUCUCUUGGUCUCCUGUGGGCUCCUGGGUAUCCAAAAGGGGGUUCUGACUGCCCUAGGAUGACACAGGAGGCUCUGACUGCUCCGUGCUGUCACAAAGAGGGGUCUGGCUGCCCCAUGAUGUCACACAGGGGACUCUGCCAGGCUAUAAAAGGGGCCCCACAGGAGCAGAUAGUGCUGGGCACAACAGUCUGGCAGUGUCUUGGCAGACAACAGCCUCGGCCUCUGCCAUACCAUCAGGGUUGGAUUCCCCUUACUGGAACCCUGCAGGUCUUUGGGGAACCUCUCCACUGGCCUGUGCUGGUAACCUGGAGUGCUACCAACAGUGCCAUGGGGCUCCUCAACAUCUUCACCAUGGGUGAGCUGGUGGCAAUCACCAUGGUGGUGCUGCAGCUCAUCCUGGUCACUGUCAUGCUGCGGGACAAGUGUCUGUGGAGGAUCCGUCAGAACUCGGAGCAUCCAAGCACAGCGAGAGGCCGGCUGGAGGGACAGAGCAACGUGGACAGGGCACAGAUGUCAGCAGACAUGGAGCUGCCCCAUGGCAGCUCCCCACGCAGCUCCAUGAGCUCCAGCAGGCGUCUCCCCAGGUUCAUCCGCAGCUGCCGGGACUCCCAGCUGCUGUUCGAGGAGCACCGCAAGGAGCUAGAGGCACAGCUAGCCCAGUGGCGAUGGGGCAGGGGAAGUGGCAGGGUGGUCCACACUGAUCUGCAUGGUAUGCCAAGGCUGCUGGGGGCCAGAGAGUGUCCCCAGCGCCUUGGAGUGGAGUUGGCAAGGCCAGACAUGAACAAGGUGACAGAAGAGGUCAAACAUAAGAACGUAAGAUCAUGCAGCGGCAACAGCUCCACAAUGCUGGAACGCAGAAGAUCUGUGGUGAUAGCCAAGUUGCUCCCUAGACUAGUAGUGAUCAUGAAUCCCAUUGUAUUGGAAAGCAGCAGCAGCAGCAGCUCCAUGGAGCUGGAAUACAGCACCAGCACUGCUGCUGGAAGGUUCCUGGGGCAGCUUCAUGCCCGCCUUCAGAGAUCCCUGACAGCCUGGCAGACACGCCGUGUUCAGCGCCGCUGGUGCUUCAGCAUCCGCUUCAAGUCCCAGUGGUGGCGGCGGUGCUGGACCCAGUUGAGAAAAAAAGUGUAGUCCUGAUCUCUACAAGUUGGCUGAGGGACCCCUCCUCCAGGUCACUGAUAGAAACAGAACUGGUUUCAGUGAUGCCUAGAGGAGCUCCACUGCUGACUGGAUACCAGCUGAAUUAAACUGUGCCCUACCACCCUCUGGGUCUUGCCAUCCAGACGCUUUUAUACGAUGAACAGUGGACCUGUCCAAGCCAUGGACAGCCAGUUUCUCCACAAGAAUAGUUUGGGGAAUGGUGUGUCAAAGCUUAAAAGCCCCAGUAAACAUCAUCCCCAGCCUUUCCCUCCUUCACCAAGCAGGUCAAUUUAUCAUAGAAAGAAAGCUGUGGACAAUCCAGGAAACUUCAUUGCACCCUGCUUUAAGGGUAGAAUAAAGGACCCUGGGAACUACCAACCUGCCUUCCCUGUGUGUCUGGGAAGAUUCCCACUUUGGAAUAUGCUUUUCCCCUGAUUCUUACCCGUUAACCCUCAACCCUUUCAUCACCACUGUCAAUUCCUAGACAGCCAAAUCAUUCCCUCAUACACAGGGCUACCCCACUGCUUCUCUUUCCUUGCUGAGACCUUCUGAAAAGUUUUAUCUCCUCCUAAUUGCAACACCAGGCUAUUUGCUGACAGGAUGGUGUGAGGAGCAGCAAAGGCCUUGACACUCAGCACUGAUUGGAACAUCCUGGGGUUAUUGACAGUCUUCAGCACAAAUCCAAACCACACGCCCAAUGGAAGAAAUUGAACUCUUCCUGCCCAGCUCAGCAUUUAUCUCCAGCCUUUAUUAUUCCAUGUUGUGUAUGUCCUGCUCAGGUCCCACACUAUCACAACACAUCCUCACCACUCCUUUGCCUGUGAAAUGUCUAGGAAUCUCCAUCAAUCUCCAGAGCUGGGCAGCAGCAGUCCUGUGGAGCCACUGAGGAGGAGGGUGAUGGAACUGGAGGAUCCUGUAGAGCCAGACAGGAGAAGCAGCUUGACGGGGCUGUGCAGCACUGUCAGUUGCUCUGGGUAGAAGUGAUUGCCCAGGUCUUCUGCUUUCCCCUUUUUAAAAAUGGGGGUUAUAUUUCCUUUUUCCAAUCAUCAGGGACUUUUCCUAACUGGAAUUUUUUUUUCAAAAAAUGAUGGAUAAUUUCUUAGCAACUUCUGCUAGCUCCCUCAGGGCAUGUAUCUCUUCAGGUCCCAUGACCUGAGCACUUUCAGAUUCCUUAGAUGGUCUUGAAUUUGAUCAUCUCAGUGAGCUCAGGGUGUUCAUUCUUCCAGUCCCGGCAUUUGCCUUUCUCAAUGUGAGCAGCAUGGGUGGAGCACUUCCCAUUGAAGACUGAGGCACAGAAAUCCUUGAGAACCUCAGUCUUCUCUUUGUCCAGGGUAGUCAGGUCUCCUGUUUCCUUCUGGAGAGGGCCCACAUUACCCCAGCUCUCUUGCUUGCAACUUAUCUGUAGUAGCCCUUCCUGUUAUCUUUAAUAUCUCUGUCACUGCCCUCCCCUUAAUCUUCACCCACAAGCUCUCAGCUGGUUCCUCAUAUUUCCCCAGGCAGAGUUCCAUAUCCAUAGCGGGCUAUAUCCCCUCCUCAUCUUCCUAGCCUGUCUUUCCCAAAAAGCCUAAACCCUUCAAUUCCAGUGAUCUAGUCAUAGGAACCACCCCACCAUGUCUCUGUGAUAUUCUGCUUUCCUCUUCACUUGUUGGUCGUUGCCAGUGCUUGCUUUUAUUCAAAUAAGAAAAUUGCAGAGGAGCUUGGUUAAAAAUGGAUUUUCAUUUGGAGGAGAUGAAAGAACCUGAAACUCUUUCUUCUGAUAAAUCCAUAAAGGUGGGAUGCUGUAUGAAGCUCACUGCUGUAACUAGCCAUUAACUUCCACUGAUA